AUGCAUCGCACAUACUCUAUGCGCCAGUCGCGCGCUCCUACAGCUUCUCAAAUCGAGAAUCCUCCCCCGCCACCAUCCUCUACCAAGGGUGGUCGACUCUUCGGUCGAUCCAACUUCGGACAUGCGUUCAGAAAAGGUACCGCCGGUGCCUUCGGCCCAGACCUUGCAAAGAAACUGUCACAACUCGUCAAGAUGGAGAAGAACGUCAUGCGCAGCAUGGAGCUUGUAGGACGUGAACGCAUGGAAGUCGCCCAACAACUCUCUUUGUGGGGUGAAGGAUGCGACGAAGAUGUUAGCGACGUUACUGACAAGCUUGGUGUCCUCAUCUACGAGAUUGGUGAAUUGGAAGAUCAAUUCGUCGACCGAUAUGACCAAUACCGUGUAACCAUCAAGUCCAUCCGUAACAUCGAAGCCUCAGUCCAGCCAUCGCGAGACCGCAAGCAGAAGAUCACCGACCAAAUUGCCCAGCUCAAAUACAAGGAGCCCAACAGCCCUCGAAUUGUCGUCCUGGAACAAGAACUUGUCCGCGCCGAAGCCGAGUCCCUGGUCGCCGAAGCUCAAUUGUCCAAUAUCACCCGUGAGAAGCUCAAGGCUGCUUUCACCUACCAAUUCGAUGCUCUCCGCGAACACUGUGAAAAGACCGCCAUCAUUGCAGGCUACGGAAAGCACCUGCUAGAGUUGGUGGACGACUCUCCUGUCACCCCUGGUGAGAGCCGCCCUGCCUACGAUGGCUACGAAGCUUCCAAGGCCAUUAUUCAAGACUGCGAGGAUGCAUUGACCAACUGGGUUUCGGGCCACGCUCAGGUCAGCUCUAAGCUGUCCACUCGUGCUCGCACUCUGAGCCAGCGGAGGAAGAACAACGCCAGCAAGCGUGAGGGUGUUGACUUGGCCGGUCAAGAUCAGCCCAUGAAGGGCGACCGCGACAGCUGGGUGCCAGCUGGAGAGCACGGAGAAUACCAACAAGAUGAGGAAGAAGAGGAAGAGGAAGAAGAGGGUGAGGGAGAGCACGAGGAAACUAAUGGUCAACAUCAAGUUCCAGCUUAA